ACGAAAAUGUAGAUGAACCUUUUCCAUGGAUUGAUUAAAUGUGGAACAACAUCUGUGAUAGAAACUUGCUAUUGUAGUGUACUUGAUGAUGGAUAUAGUUAUUUUGGAUGCAUCAACACAUUUGUACAUAGUCAUGUGUUUUAUGGGGAAGUAAAAUGUAGGAGUUUCAAUGAGUGAGUGAGUGAGUGUUGGUCUGUUGUUUAGUCCAGCCAUUAAGCACUUAAUGGAAGCGGAUUGGUUUUGAAAGCCGGAUAAAUGUUUAGCCUUGAAAAGCCAUUGCCUUGAUGGAAACUCUUGAUCAAUGAAACAAAGUACGUCACCUCAUACAUCGAUACAAUAAUAAUCGGCCCGUCUUCACUCAAUGGAGUUUGAAAGUGAUUUGUCAUGUACGCUGGAAUACAAGAGUUUUCGAAGCACUGUGCCUCUGAAACAGAUUGUAGUUGACAGUGAUGGGUUGAAGGUAUGGAAGGUUUAUGAGGCGGGGCCCAGGGAGGUGCGAUGCCCCUUGGUAUGCCUGCCGCCUGUCAUUGGAACAGCUGACUGCUUCUAUAGACAAGUGCUUUCCCUGACAGCACGAGGAUACAGAGUUAUAUCGGUGGAGUAUCCAGUAUAUUGGAAUGUUAUGGACUGGUGUGAGGGAUUCAAGCACCUGCUCGACCGUCUGGAUGUGGACCAGGCUCACAUCCUAGGUGCUUCACUUGGAGGAUUUUUGGCCCAGAAGUUUGCUGAGCUGACCUCAAAUUCUCCCCGGGUUGCCUCACUCAUUCUGUGUAAUUCCUUCAUUGAUACAAAGAUCUUCAACUAUACAGACUCAUCUUCAGUAUUUUGGAUGUUGCCUUCAACUCUGCUCAAGAAAAUGAUUAUUGGACGGUUUCCCAGAAAACUGAUGGACCCCCAUAUUGCUGACUCCAUAGACUUCAUGGUGGAAAGAUUGGAAUGUUUGUCUCAGAGUGAGUUAGCUUCAAGACUCACCCUCAAUUGUUCUCCAGACUAUGUUCAACCUCAGAAAGUUGAGAUGGAGGUGACGCUGGUUGAUGUCUUUGAUGAGUCUGCCUUGUCCCAAUCUGUAAAGGAGGAAAUGUACAAGUGUUAUCCAAAUGCCCGUCUGGCUCACCUGAAGACAGGAGGCAACUUUCCUUUCCUCUCAAGAGCAGAUGAAGUUAAUAUGUACAUACAGGUUCACUUGCGAGGUUAUGAAGGCACCCAUCUGAGUGCCACCGACUCUGGCACACCAGUGGAGCGAUAGCAGGGGUGGACACUGGGCAGGGUGAUGGUCCAGUUGCCAUGCUGGUGUGAACAGUAUUUGGCACAUACCCAGGCCUUGUGAGGGAGAUCAGUGCCAUGUGUUCAUUGUUUAUAUUUCAUCUUUAUAGAUGUAUAGCAUUUGUAUUUGGGUUUACCAUCGUACUUAAAUUCCUAUGUAAAGCAGCAAUAUGAAGCCUAAAGCAUGUAGUCAUGAUUAUGCUACUGCAGUAUUUUAAGACACUGAAACAUUUAUGUCUACUUGGAAAGCUUGGACAGAAGUACAGGCUUAAUAUUGUAUUUGUUGUUACAGUAUUCUGUUAUGAAAUGUAUGCAUCACUAAUUGACAAGGGUUGUUGUGUAUCACCAUUAACAGUGCAUAUGUGUUUUUCAAACAGUCAAAGCCAAGCUCAUUAUCAUUCAACUUAGAAGUUCAUGAGUGCCAUUUCAAACUGUGUUGUGAAGGUAUCUCAGUUGUGUAAUGCAUCACCCUCCUAGUUGUUAUAGUGUUUUCUCUACACUGGUGCAGUUGUGGCAAUGUGUGGCCACUUAGAUGCUCUUCGUUUUAUCAGCUUCAGUGCGCUGGUCACUUUUGUCAUGCACAAAAUAAAUGAAUUACAUUGUAGGAUAACUUCAAGUAUCUGCCAUCUGCCCAUUCCAUAGAUGAUUGGUUUUAUGAAAGCUUUGCAGAAUCCAUCAUUCUGGGAAACUUUAUUAGUAAAAUUAACAAGAAAUUUGCUAAAAGAUAACUAUUUAUAUGAUAUAUCCUUUAUUAUUAUAAAUUUUCUUUGAUAGCACAUGAAACUGGAGAUGCUUCUGGUAAGACCUGGGCAUUGUGUUUGUGCCCAAGUGUAGGGAGAGUGAAGAGUAUUUUUGUACAAAUGGUAAUGUGGUAGUGUAAGAAAAAAAUAUAUGCUUCAUUUAUCUUACAGUCGGUGGAUGAGGGCAGGAAAUAUGGUUCUACUAAAGCCUCAUAACAUUUUUCAAUAAAGUGUUAUUUACA